UCACGGAAGCUGUAUUCGCCUGCCAGAAUAAUACAAUCGAUACCUCAAAAUCAACCAUCGUAAAGGCAGUGGUGACAGUGAAUAUAAUUUUAUAGUAUAACAAUUCUGUACAUUACAGCAGAACCUCUCUGACACUGGUUGUUAGUUCGUCGAUGGUCACAUCGUCCAAAUUGCAAUGUCAAGGUUUUUAUUUGGAAGGUCAAAGGAGUUCUUGAGUUCCGGUAUGCUUGUGGCAUGGAGCCAGCGCCGGUUGGUUUAACGCCUCCUUCACUCAAAACUUCAUGAGGUUUUUACAUGUUCAGCUCUAAUAACAGGCCCGUGUUGGAGCUGGAAAGCCAGAGUCUGGCAGAUUGAUGGCUGCCUCUGUUCUGUGUCGGCGGGUGCCCAGGCUACGCUACCUUAGAAGCUUGAGAAAGGAUUUUGCCCAGGCUCAACAUGUGAAUGGCAAAGCAGAGGAUGAGAUCGGUGAGCAGGAGGGAAAGAGAGGAGCUUUGCAAGACAAGGAAUCCUCUCUCCAAGGAGGCUACAGGCUGCACUACAACCCGUCCUCAUAUCACCGCUCUGUGGGGAACUCUGCAAGCACCCAGAGCCAAACAGAUAAUGAUGUGGAUGAACAGUGUCUCUCCACUCUCGCACCUUCCUUCUGGCAACAGAGCAAUCGCUACAGUGUGAGCUGCUCGCGGCAUCUUUCCAGCUCCAAAAACACACUUCUUGACUUGGCGUUCAACAAAGGCCCUGAACCCAAAAUAUCAUUACCGCCACCGCACCACAGAAAACCUUUAUCACCUGAUGUUAAAGUAGAUACACGUGCCUUUCUCAAGUGCCGGUCAGAGUAUGCUGCCAUGACCCAUGACCUCAACAAGCGUCCUCGCUCAAUCGAAUGGGAACGGGCCUUGCCACUCCUCCAAAAAGUGGCCGUUUUAAAAAGCAGCAUGAAACCAUCUGAUGUGUCUCAUUUUCUUGCGGAGCUCAGCCGCUUGCACCCAGACAGGAUGCCACUAGUGAGGAGUGACCAACGCUUCAUCAUGCUCCUCCGAUAUUCUGUGGAAAACCUGCGCCUCUUUACUCAACCUCAGCUGCUGGAGGUGUUGCGGUCAUUUGUGUGGCUGGAUAUGCCCUCUGCUCACACUGUUCUUGGAUUGUAUGAGGCUGAGCUGAUUCGCCGAGCCAACAAGAUGAGUUUACACCAGUUAUUGUUAGCUGCUGACUUAUGGCGCUGUAUUGGGAGGCAGGUCCCUCAAUUUCUAAAGCACCUCUAUGAAUUGGUCCAUUUGUAUCUGGGACAGAUGGGAGUCCCUGAGCUAGUCCAACUGCUAUAUAUAAUGGGAGAAGGUAGACAGUGCCCAAAAGACUUGAUCCAUCCUGUAGAGCAGCUACUCAUGCGCCACUUACAGCAACUACACCCUGAGGAGGUUGGCACUGUAUGCCUGGGGCUCUUUAAAUCCCAGGCUUCAAUUUCUGAGGGUGCAGUGAAUGCUAUUGUCGAUAAGGCACACUCUUUUGUGGAGGAGAUGAGUGACUUUGGCGUGGUGAAUGUGCUGAAAUAUCUGCGUUUCAGCUACCUGUAUCACAGGGCAUGGAUGGAGGCCAUGACACAGGAAGUGCCUCGACGGGCUCACAGGAUGGGUGUCAAAGGGUUGAUGCAUGUGACACUGGCGUGUUCAGCGUUACAUUACCGCAAUGAUUACAUCCUCAUGGCUAUUGCCGAGAGAGUUCCAUCACUGGUGACACACUGCAGGAGUAAGGACUCCUGCAAACUGUUGUGGAGCUUUGGGACAUUAGGGUUUCUCCCAGCUCAGAGCCCAAACUUUUAUCCGAGCCUUACAGAGUCCGUAAGACAGAGAAAAGCUGAAUUCCAACGAUACCCAGAGCACCUGCUUACUGGUCUUCUUGGCCUGGCCUUUGUCUCUCAGUUCCCAGAGGACCUAAUUGCAUUAGCCUUGAGCCCUGACUUUGUCAACUUAGCACUGAAAUCAAAAGAGCUGGAACUGAAAAAAGACAUGUUCACUUUAGAUGGAACUGUGGCUCUGGAGUUGCCUCAGUGGACUGGCCCACGGCUAAGCUGUGAACUGAGAGAGGAGACGGUAGAAAUGUUGUGGAAGUUUGCUCAAUCAGAUGUAUGCCAGAAACCAGAGGUUCAGGAGGCAGAAUCUGCUCUGCAAGAACUGCUUGGAGGAGAGGAAUUUGUAUGUACCCGAAUGAUUCUGCCACACACUCGCUCCAUUGACCUUGAAGUACAUCUUGACUCCACUGGACAGCCAAUACCUGUGAACCCAGCAUCCCACGCAGCCACAAUAUCUCCUGAGAACAGUUCAUCCAAAUUUCCUUCAAACUGUGGUUGGGGGAGAAUAAAUACUGGAGUAACUAUAACUGAGGAACUUUUAGCACAGCUAACAAAUGCUAAAAACACCACACAUCCUUUAAUCCCAGCCCCCGCAGUUACUGCAUCUCCUCACAGAGUGGAGCCUGAUGAUGAUGGGAGACUGUUUGACACAGGGAUAAACCUGACCAGUGCCAUUACAGAAAUGCUUAUCAAACCUAGUAGCCUAAGUUUAGGCCCUCAGGACUCAAAGGGCACAGUCAAACUUGCUAUCCAGGUCCCUAACAGGAACCACUACUGCUACCAGUCACGACAGUUGUUGGGCCUUCAUGCCUUGAAGAGGAGGCAGUUGAAGUUGGCAGGCUAUAAAGUUGUAGAGCUUAGCCAUCAGGAGUGGUUUCCCCUGCUGAGGAAAAGCAGGGCUGAGAAACUAGCAUACCUGCACUGCAAGGUCUACAACAAUCUGUAAUGGUUGUCUGACCUUGAGGAGCCUGUGAGAGCAAUCACAACAAACUCUGAAUGCACUGCAAACUUUGUUGGCACCUUUGCUUCAGGGCAAUGUUUAGUUUGCUAUGAGUAUGUGCAAAGCACAGAAGGUUAAGGAGGUGGACAGAUGUUUUCUAUUACCAUCCUCUUUUGACUUUGUAAAUACAUUUAAUUUUGAUAAAAUCUGCAAAAAACCCUUUCCAUCAAAAUGUGUGAAAUGUCAAGAUAUUUUUGUGAGAAUGAUGGUAAUUAAAGAAUAUUCACCCUUA